AAUCGGAUCAAAACUCAAAUGUUCAAUUAUUAUGAUGAGUUACGACAUCAUUUCACUUAUAUGUCUAACCAAAUAAUUUUUAAUGACAUCUAUUUUAUAUAACUAAAUAGUAUCAAUGUGUGAGAAGAGAACAAAACUUGAUAUCAGUCUAGAUGCCAAAUUUGAAGAGUUUUUGGAUUAUGACUAUUCUCAAAUCGAAAUAAAGUCUUAUGAUUGCAGUCAAUUGCAAUAUGAUUAUUUUUUUAAAGAACAUAUGCUGCGAAAUUUGCCUUGCAUUAUAAAAAAUAUUACUCAAACUUGGAAAUGUUCUAAACUGUGGGUUGAGAACGACACCAUAAAUUACGAUUAUUUUAUUAAACAAUAUGGUCAGAUGGAAGCUCCUGUUGCGGACUGCAAUCAAAUAAACUUCAACGCUCAGUGUAAAUGUGAUAUGAAAGUAAAAAAUUAUAUGAGCUACUUAAGAAGUAAAAGUUCAGAAAAACUUUUGUAUCUGAAAGACUGGCACUUAAGAAGGCUUACACUAGAUAAUUACUUCUAUGAAGUACCAGAAGUAUUUGCAUCAGAUUGGCUAAAUGAAUAUGCCAUUGAUACUAAAGAUGAUGACUUUAUGUUUGUAUAUAUUGGCCCUAAAAAUACAUGGACACCAUUUCAUGUUGAUGUUUAUACAUCAUAUAGCUGGUCAGUUAAUGUAACUGGAAGAAAGAAAUGGAUAUUGCUUCCACCAGGAGAAGAAGAGAAAUUGAAGGAUACUCUGGGGAAUCUACCUUUAUUAUUUGAUCCUGAAAAAUUUCAUAACAUCAACUAUUUUGAAAUUAUUCAAGAAAAAGGUGAUGGACUUUUUGUUCCCUCUGGAUGGCAUCACCAAGUUUUCAAUGAUCUUGAUACUAUUUCUAUUAAUCAUAAUUUUGUUAAUGCUUGCAACAUUGAGAUUGUGUGGAAGGCUUUACAAAAAAAUUUAAUUUCUGUUGAACAUGAGAUAAAAGAAUUUCGAGAAAUGCCAGAAUUUACAUCACAGUGUCAACUUAUAUUAAAAUCAGUUUUUGGCAUGGAUUUUGAGUCAUUUGUAAACUUCAUUAUUCACAUAGCCCAGAAAAGGUUGGACCACAUGAAUGGGGUUACAUCUUUAUUAUUUAAUGUUUAUUGUCUUGAAAAGAAUCAUAUCUGUUUUGAUUUAAAAAUUAUAUUAAAAAUAAUUCAGUCAAUACAAAACCAUCACUUGUUCCUUAAAAAUAUUAUAUCACCCAAUAUAGCACUUGAAUUAUUAAAUAUUGAACAAACCAUUAAUGAAUCCUUAAAUUAAGAAAUAAUUACAGAUGUGAAUUAGUAUAAGCAUAUACACAACUGUUUUUAAUUAAGUCUUGUAUUUUUGAGUUUGUAUAUCCUAAUUCUUUUAAUACCAUAACUGUAUGUUCUCCAUGCUUUGGAGGUUUUUGUUUUCCACUAGCAAUUCCUGGCGAAUUAGAUAAUUUUGGGGCAGGUUCUGGCUGAAAGUAAUUUUCUUCAUCUUUAUAAAAUGAUUUUCGUGUCGAAUGACACAUAUUUUUACCUACUUGAUCUAUAUCUAAUACUGGAGUAACACAAGCAUCUAAAUUUUCAAAAAUUGUACUCCAUUCCUCUUGUGUUUUUGUCAAGAAAAUUUCUUCAAAUUUUUUUUUACAAAUAUCUUUAUUACCUUGAGUAUAUAUUUCUUUGGAUAAAUUUAGUCCUACUAAAAGAUUAGCAUAGAAUUGAGGUUCCAAUGAUCCAACUGCCAUAAAUUUAUUAUCUUUUGUUUUGUAAGUUGUAUAAAAUGGGUAACCACCAUCCAACAUAUUUGAACCAGGUUCCUUACUAAAUAAAUCUAUAUUUUGUGAUUUAUAUAUCCAAGCUCCAAUAUAAGCAGCACCUUCGGUCAUACUUGCAUCUAUAAUUUGUCCCUUUCCAGAUCUUGUUCUGUCUAAUAAAGCUAAAAGUAUUCCUAGAACACAUAUAACACUACCACCAGCAAAAUCUGCUAUGAGAUUCAGUGGUGGUUGAGGAGGCUGGCCAUUUUUAGUGAGCUUAGAAAGUAAACCAGACAUAGCAACAUAAUUUAUAUCAUGACCUGCUUUAUUUCUAUAAUAACCACUUUGACCAUACCCUGUUAAUUGGGCAUAAAUUAAUCUUGGAUUUUCUUUUAAAAGUAACUUAGGACCCAAUCCUAACUUUUCAAGGACACCUGGUCUGUAUGUAUCUAAUAAAACAUCUGAUGUGGUACACAACUUUUUCAAUAUUUCCACCCCUUCUUUUGUUUUCAAAUUAACAGCAAUGACUUUUUUACCAUUAGACAUUAUUUCUAUGGGAGGAGGAUACAACUGAAAGGAAAAGAUAAAUUAUAAUUCAAAAUUACUUAAUUUGGCAUUUUCAAAUAUGUAAAUUUUAAUUAAAAAUGUAAAAUACCUUUUGAACAAUUGUUACUGUUGCCCCAAAAUCUGCUAAUAUUGUUCCACAAAAUGGACCUGGAGCUAAUCCUAUCAUUUCUAUAACUUUAAUACCUUUCAACGCCAUUGUUAAUUAAUAUUUAAGUCAACAAAAA